AAUGCAUAAUUCUAAAACAGGCUAAUUGAAGAGUUUAUAAUUAUUGUAAUUUGGUUUAUUAUCCUGCCUAUUACAUGUAAUUUCUUUUAAUUAAAAAUUCUGAUUCACAUUUCUUUACACAGCAUUAAUGGAGCAGAAGGUACAGCCAUCCACCUGUAGCAUUUCAUUUAUCAAUACAGCCAUGAUUAUUUUUGCAAAUUUUUGUCACUCCAGGUUAGAAUCUUUUGGAUAACGUCAAAAGUAACUGCUUAUUGCAACAAUCAAAUAAUUAUUUUUGUAGAAAAAAUAAUUUUUUCACUCUCUUCGUUCUUGGGAAAGUGGUUAUAGUGAAGAAUAAUGUAUUUUACAGUGAUUUUCAAAGCAGUUUUGCAUGUUAUGGUCUAUUUUUAAAAAUACUUUAACGAAAGCAUAUCACAUUGUUUAACUGAGCAACAACUUAACAUUUACCCACUUUAAUGAGCUCAUUCACUGAUACCAGAAUCAGAGGCUUCCCACAUUUUGGACUUGGUUGUACAUGAUGGAUUCAACAUAAAUACUUAUUGCAGUAUGAUUGUAGCUAGUCAGAUUGAAUUACUGGUAAUUGUUUUGUAUCACGUAUCCAAGUUUAUCCAUUGAUCCUGAUGGCAUAAUCCUAUAAAUAUUGAUUCAAGGAUACAUAAUGCUUGCUGUUUUAUUUAGUACAUGGAAAGAUCUGCAUAAACAAUAUUUUUAUAUAACAGUUAAUAAUGAUCUUAAGUUGAAUAACAAGAUAAUUUAAAUUGUGUUCAACUUACAAUCAUAAUUAAUUUUUACAUAACAAGUUUGUGUUAUGUCCAGGAUCUUUCGACAUACUUAUUAAAUUAAAACAGCACACAUUGUAUAACAUAGAAUAAAUAUUUACAGGAUCAUGCCAUUAGGAUCACGGGAUAAACUUGGAUAUGUGAUAUGGAACUUUUACUGAAUUACUUACUUUUAUAUAAAAUACGUUGUUGUAUUAGUAAAAUGCUAAUAAUGAUGUGUUCGGGGACUUAACACAGGUCCACUCACCUGAAUAAUUCAGCUAUCUGUGCCGAAACUUAUUUUAAAUUUUAUCUCUUUAAAAAGAAACUAGAAAUGUUAUUUUUUAAAAAAAAUUAAUUGUCGCAAAAUUAAUGCGGAAACUAUGACCACAAAUACCAUAUUUCCUUACCUGGGAGUUGCUUCAAGUAAUAAUAACUAAAUCUUCCCACACUUUAUGAAUAUUCUACAACAAUGGAUAGAAUACAAAUCUUUUUUGCUUACCCAACUGUUGUCUGUUGUUUAUUAUCUAUUAGUGGUGAACUUAAAAAAAAAAAAAAAAAAAAACACAAUCGAAGAUGCACGACUCCACCCGAACAGAAUGGCGUCCCAUGUCAGUGAAUCUUUGGUUACCCGUAAAAAAAAUCUAAAAAUAAAAUAAUAGAAAACUUAAGAGCUAUGAACCACCCCAAGAGAUCGAGAUUUGUUGUUGUUGAUCAAGGGAAUGUCUCUACUUUAUUUUAAUUACGGAACAUAAGUUAUUACGUGAGGAAGUGUAAUCAUUUUUUUUGGGGAACAAAUGCAGUUCCAUUUGUAAAUUUACAUAGUGAUAAAAAUGUCUGAAACAAAUUCGCAUAAUGCGGACGAAAUGGAUGUCGUGAAAAUUGGAAGUAAACAGUGGGUACGAUUAAAUGUUGGUGGGACGUAUUUCUUGACUACCAAGACUACUCUUUCCAGGGACCCAAACUCAUUUUUGUUUCGACUGUGUCAAGAGGAUUCGGACUUAAUAUCCGACAGGGACGAUACAGGAGCUUAUUUAAUUGACAGAGAUCCUACGUACUUCAGUCCAGUUCUCAACUAUUUAAGACAUGGAAAACUUGUAAUAAAUAAAGAUUUAGCAGAAGAAGGUGUACUAGAAGAAGCAGAGUUCUAUAAUAUUACCGAACUGAUACGUCUGGUGAAGGAGAGGAUAUGCUUGCGAGACACGAGGCCUCUGCGAGACUCAAAGAAGCAUGUGUACAGAGUCCUUCAGUGUCACGAAGAUGAACUGACACAGAUGGUUUCAACAAUGUCAGACGGCUGGAAGUUCGAACAGCUCAUAAACAUCGGUUCUCAAUACAACUACGGCAAUGAGGACCAUGCAGAGUUCCUGUGCGUCGUCUCUCGCGAGUACGGAACCACCGCCAACUCAAAAGAAGCAGAGCCGACGGACAGAGCAAAGGUCCUCCAGCAGAAAGGCUCUCGAAUGUGAGGAUCCGCGUCGCAGCAUCUGCGAGAACAAACUACCUUAGUUUUCCAAAGCGUUCCAGUCGUGGACCCCGCGGCGAAGGAAGAGGGAUAGCGUGGCGUCGACGUGGUCGACGAGUGGACGUGCAGACUGCCGUUUGGCCGAACACUCUCCUCAGAGCUGUUGUUGUGCACCUCGGAUGGUCUCGGGACGAGUACGGAGUGUGAUAACUAGCUCACAGUGUUACAUUUUUGCCUAGUUUGUACAUUUGUCGUACUCUUUUUAUCCUCUUUGUGUACUCACGUUGUCUUGAGUCAUACUAUGCGUAACUUGUUUUCUAAAUAGUUUCUGUGUGGUUUUGAACAUGCCUCUACCCAGCCUGACAAUAGGCAAUAAUUUUUUUAUACGUGCUGUUGUAUUUGGUAUGCUGAGUGAACAUUUACAGUGUGCAAAUACGUACAUACGUACAACUCAAUGCUGUGGUUAAGUGAAUUUAAGGAGUCAGUCUGUGUGUAGUAUAUUAUGUCCAUAAUGCAAAGUCCUUAAUUUAUUUGUGUGUUUAUUUAGGAUUCCUAUUCACCUCUAUGCUUAAUGUAUUUUCUGCACAAGUUAAUUUGUUUGUGUAAAUGAACAACAUGCAUUAAUAAUGGAAGGUGCAAUGAGAAUGUUGUAAAGAAUGCAUCGAAAACAAUUUCAGUCUCUAUUUGAGCCAAGAUCAUUGCAAGAUCUUUUGAAAUUCAGAGGAUGCAUAUUUACGGAGAAUUUCUUCAGUCACCAACAACAUGUGUCAUUUCUUUUGUAUCCAAAAUUUCCAUCAGCUUUUUUUUUAUGAAAUAAGGAAUACAUACAGUUUUGAGACUUUGAUUAACUGAUGGAGUCAAGGUCAUUGUAUUUAAUUAAAUGUAUUAAUUUGGUUAUUCUAAUAUUUAACUUCUUGUGAUUACAAUUUUAAAAAAAAUAUGUUAAUUCAUAAAAACAAAAUUAAAAAAAAAAUGCUAGCAAAAUUAUUGUUUCAAGUGGAUGAUUAAAUGGUUUAGUUUUAAACAUAACUGUAGCAUAAAUGACUACUGUUUAGAUGGGGCCUAGGCAGGUAAGUAAUGGGUGAAUGUGAGUUUACCUUAUAUGUAUAACAAUUCAACUUCUUCAUGAGACAAGGGAAAACAGAAACAAUAUAUGUAAUUAAAUAAUUCUGUAACUAAAUUUGGAUAUUAAGUACAAUUUGUAUAUAACUGAUUUACUUGCCUAUGUAAUGUUUAUAUUUUAGUUAUUUUGUAAUUUUUUGUACUUUUUAUGAUACAUGUAAAUAUCCAACAAAUAAUUUCUCAUCAUCACACUUAUAUCUUAUUACAGUUAUUUUUAUCAAGUAUUUUAAUACAAAGAAUUGUUACAAUAAUUUGUCUUAAUUUUUUGUUUAUCAUUCUUAGGAGUGAGAUUAAAAAAAAUUGUGAUAAUGUUCUUUAUUUCUUUCGAGAUGUUGUAACAGUUGUUGACAAAUUAAAUUUUGGUUUUAUCAUGCACUCAACCUCUUGUUGGAUUUUGGAUUUAAAGAAUUUAUUUCUUUAAUGUCUAUCCCAUUUAACUGUAAGGGACUCAAGUUUCAUGAAAUUUAUGAGUUUGGUGUAAAAAUUACUUUUGGGUCAGUUAAAAUUGUGGAAUUGGCCAAUUUUAUUGAUUCAAAUGGUAUCCAAGGAUUCAUCAGAUUCUAAUAAUUUUGGUAUCAAAGCAUGUCGAUUCUUUCCCUAUAGCACAAUCUUGAUACACUGAUUUUUGUUUUUGAUGGGGGCAUCAAAUUCAAUUUGUCAAUACUUUAAAUAGGAAUUUCCAUCUAAUUGACAGAUUCCCCACUAAUUGGAUUUCUGACUAAUCACACUAGUUUUUUACAUUUAUGUUAUGUGACGACAGUGUUUUCACGUAUUGAUCGGGGUAUUGGGCCAAUUGUUUAAAUAGCCUGAAACCAGCCAAAUUCAAAUUUGCUUACUGUUUAUUGUCCAAAUUCAAAUUUGCUUACUGUUUAUUGUCCAAAUUCAAAUUUGCUUACUGUUUAUUGUCCAUGCUUGUAGCUUGGCAGGAUUUAGUUUGACAUGUUUCUUAAAAAUGCCUUGUUUGGCAUUCCCUGCUACCCAUUACAUUUGUGUCCCACAAUUCGCAAACAUUCUCUACAUCAUAAGGUAUGCCAAAAAUAUAUUAAAGGUAAA